AUGGCGGACGCUGCCGAAGCUAUUUACGGCAAAAAAAACAACAACUUGAAUUCUACAUUGUAUGCAGUCGCGGAAGAACUGCGCGGUCGUCUCCAUCAAUUUGCUCAGAAUUGGGGCAUCGGGUCUGCCCAAUUGGGGACCACUCAGGGUGUAGCGGGUCAAAGGCACAGGCCGCUUAGUCAUAGAUUUUGGUGGGCCCAACACAGCGCCUUUGGGUAUAAUAUAUCUAUUUUAAUUAAGAAGCUGACUAUUCUUAUAUAUAAGUAUUAUAACUUAAUAGAUAACUAUAUAAUAUACUUAAUAAUAAGUAAGUUAAAUAAAAUCCUUUUAGCCCUUUAUGUAAGAGGUCCAAUGGCUCAGUUAGGUAGAUCCGUUAAUGCAGGUAACAAUUUGCAGGGGCUUGUGACUAUCCCGAGGUUCUCCCGAAGGUCGUGCGUUCGAACCCCAUUACAAUAG